UUAUUUUGAAUUGCAUUGUUUUACAUUCCCUAUGUAUUUACAAAUCAUUUAAUGUGAAAAUUUAAAUGUUAUAUGUUUAAGAAUACCUUGUUAUAAUUGUAGAAAUAAUUAGUACAGAAUGUAAAAUGCAUGUGAAUGUGACUGAUACAUACAACAGUGCCAAGUUUUAUUAUAAUAAUAACUGCCGUCAUUUUACAGAUUGCAUUUGCUCAUCUUUUGCCAAAUUUUAUUGAAUGUUGGUGGGAUGCACUUAUAUUGGAUGUUCUGGUUUGCAAUGGACUGGGCAUUUGGGUAGGUCUUCAGAUAUGUAAAUGCCUUGAAAUGAGGGAGUACAAGUGGGUUAGCAUCAGGGACAUCCACUCGACAUCGGGCAAGAUAAAGCGGGCGGUGCUACAGUUUACUCCAGGAAGUUGGACACACGUACGCUGGCUCGACCCAACGUGCACGUACAUGCGAUUCUUUGCACUCUGUCAAAUGGUCAUCUUCUGGCAAGUCUCUGAACUAAACACUUUCUUUCUGAAGCAUAUUUUUGAGAUGCCGCCAUCCCACCUCCUUGUUGUGACAAGACUCAUCCUUAUUGGUGUCAUUGUUGCUCCAUCAGUCAGGCAGUACUACAGUUAUGUGACAGACACCCAGUGCAAGCGAGUGGGGACUCAGUGCUGGGUAUAUGGGGCCAUCAUGGUCACUGAGGCUCUCCUCUGCAUAAAAAAUGGGAAGGAACUGUUUGAGAGAACACAGGUCAUCAACAUUAUAAUCUGGCUUCUCCUACAACUGCUACUCUCGGUGCUGUGCGUUUAUGGUUGCGUACUCUGGCAUAGGUAUUUCCAGAAUGAUGAUGACAUAUCAAGGGAAUCAUCCCCUUGCAAAUCUCCAGACAGUGGCAUUAAAGAAAAGGGAGCAGAGUUUUAUCAUAACGAAUCAACGACAGAGGCAUUUACUAAAUCAACCGAGGAAAUAGGUUCCAUACAUGGCAAUGAGGACAUUAAGAAGAGGAAUGUAGCAUUUCGCAAUGGUGGUCCUGAGUCAUUUUAACAAGCUGCAGCUUAAAUUUUAUUCAUAGGUACAAAGUAGUAACAUAUAUCAUGAAGGCGUGCUUGUGUGUUCAUCACAUGUUUGGGAGAGAUAUUUCAGAUUAUCAUAGAGUAUGUAAACUGUAAGCACUAUUAGUGUUUCCCGAUAAUCAAAUAUUUUUCUUGGCCAGAAACAGACUUCCGAGAGACAAAGGGGGCUAAGUAGCUGUAAGACGAAAAAUGUGGGUAUUAUUUCUGAGCUCUUGCAAUUAUUUUAAUGCAUACAUCAGAUAUUAAUGCUGUUGUCUUACCUGGGAUAUAUUUAUGUCUAUAUCUUACAUCGUAAAACCAUAGCAACUAUAUGUCUGAUAUUGAUUUAAUAGCAUCAUGUAUUACAUUUUAUAAAAUUGUCUAUCCAGGGCUAUUACAGUUAUGAUUUCAACUGUAAUUUCUGUAAAAUUAUAUAUGGUGUGUCAGAAUUUGAAAAUAUGAGUUUUCAGUGUUGCUUCAUUAAUGCAUUUCUGACAGUAUAAUGGUGUCCACAUUAUGUCAAAGGUUAUGUAGGUCGUAAGAUUUGAGGUUUUCACAGCGGUGAGUAUGAAGAUUUCCGUCUUCUGGGUUGUUGCACUGUGUAGUCUGGUCGAUGUUAUCCGUUUCAGAGGUCACC